AUGGUGCUUCCAACCUGGGUCGUCUGCGUCGCCUCCGUGGUCUGCUCCGUCUCGCUGACGCUCGUGAAUAAUGCGCUCGUGCGCUGCGGCGCGGUCGACGCGGGGCGCCUGACGGUCGCGCACGCUGCCACGGCGCUGGCGUGCCGUGGCAUCGGGCAGCGCAUCCGCCGGCGACCGAAACGCAAACGGCCUAUCACAAACGGCGCCUGGGGCCUGCUCCUCGUCCAGGCCGUCGCGGGCGUGGUGCAGGUGUUCCUGUGGAACCGCGGCGUUGCGGGUGGCGCGACGAUGGCCGACUUCCAGCUCUACAAGCUGGCCGCGCCCCUCUGGUCCGCGGUCGUCCAGGCCGCGCUCCUCGACGCGGGUGCGCUGACGGUGACGGGGUGGUGGAGCUGCGCCGUCAGCGCGCUCGGAUUGACUAUAGGAACGGGGCGCGGCGACGCGGCGAAGGCCCUGCGCUGCGCGCCGUUCGCGGCUGCGGCGUGCUUCCAGCCUACGUACCAAGUUUGUCAUAACGCGCUCCGGCAUCGCCACGGCGUCGGUCCGGACGACGGCGCGUGGCUGGGCGCGGGCGCUGUCGAGGUCGUUGUCGCGGCGACUGUCGCGCUUCGCUGGCCCGCGAGCGCCGGCGGCCCGCCCCGGCCCGGUCUUCUCGCGCUGAGCUGCGGCCUGGCCGCCGCGCUGCGGUGGACGACGGCGAGCGUGAGCGUCGCCGCGGGUGGGCCCGUGCUGUACGCAAUUCUUAGCCCGGUGAAGGCGGGUGUCGCGCUGGCGGCGGCGGCUCUCCUCGUCGACCGCGACGCGCAAGCCCUCGACGCGGCGACGUGCCUCGGCCUCGCCGUCUGCGCGGCCGCCGCAGCGACUUUUGUCGCCUACGGGCGGCGGCGGACAUCGGCGUCUGCGCCCUGA